AUGGCAAGAACCAAGCAGACAGCGCGUAAGUCCACCGGAGGCAAAGCCCCCAGGAAGCAGCUGGCCACCAAGGCCGCCCGCAAGAGCGCCCCUGCCACCGGCGGAGUCAAGAAGCCUCACCGUUACAGGCCCGGCACCGUGGCUCUGAGAGAGAUCCGUCGCUACCAGAAGUCCACCGAGCUGCUGAUUCGCAAGCUGCCUUUCCAGCGUCUGGUCCGUGAGAUCGCGCAGGACUUCAAGACCGAUCUGCGCUUCCAGAGCUCCGCCGUUAUGGCUCUUCAGGAGGCCAGUGAGGCUUAUCUGGUCGGCCUCUUCGAGGACACCAACCUUAUUUCGGGUCAAAUCGCUUGAGCUAUAACGAUGUCUGGCAGAGGCAAGGGCGGAAAAGGACUUGGAAAAGGAGGCGCCAAGCGUCACCGCAAGGUUCUUCGCGACAACAUUCAGGGCAUCACCAAGCCCGCUAUCCGCCGACUGGCUCGCCGUGGCGGAGUCAAGCGGAUCUCUGGUCUGAUCUACGAGGAGACUCGCGGAGUGCUCAAGGUGUUUUUGGAGAACGUGAUCCGUGACGCGGUCACCUACACCGAGCACGCCAAGAGGAAGACCGUGACCGCCAUGGACGUAGUCUACGCUCUCAAGAGGCAGGGCCGCACUUUGUACGGCUUCGGCGGUUGA